AGAGGAGGAAGGAGAAUAAGAAAGAAUAAAAGAGAAAAAAGAAGAAGAAGAGAUAGGGAAAGAAAAGAAGGAAGAAGAAAAAAAAUAGUUCAGGAGUAAAAUUAUAAAAAACGAACUACAUAUGAAUAAUUUCUGAACUGUAAAAAAUAAUUGACUUUAAAUCCUCCAGACCUUUAGAAGUUUCCUCUAGGAAGGCAUUCCGUCAGUGAUGUUUAUCGACCCAAAUAUGAACUCGUAAAAGUUUCGCUCCCAAUUUCAAAACCAUCGAAAUUCACAGUAGUGCACAGAGAAGGCUCAAGGACAGCUAAAAGGUAAAACCACUCUACCUUUCGUUAUUCCCACCCCUGAUAGGGAAGCUCCGCCGCGAAUGGCGUCCGCCGCCCGGGGCAUUAUCCAAUUGGACGAGGGUAUUGAAGGAGACCAAAUAUGUUCCGCCAACUAUCGCUUCCUUCAAAUUGGACAGCCCGUCCCCAUUGAAACUAAUUCAACUGACAAACCAAUCUAUGAUUCCCAAAAUCCUCCGUCUUUGCCUUUGGCGGUAUCCGAACGAUUUCGCCUGCUCUUCGUCGCCCAUUCCAAUGGAUUUUAUGUUGCCAGAACUAAGGAAGUAAUGUCUGCUGCAGAAGAUUUGAAGGAUAAAGGGAGUGGUCCGUCUAUUCACAAGCUGAGCAUCAUGAACCUUUCCAUCGGAACAGUUUCUUUAUUGACACUGUCUUGGCAAGAUUCAAUUCUUGCUGCUUGUGUAGAAAAUCAAAUCCAUUUCUUCAUGAUGAGUGCCCUUCUCAAUAAGGUUGAAGAACCAUCGUUCUCUGUUGGUCUGGAUGACUCGGGCUACAUCCAGGAUAUGAAAUGGGCUGGAAAAGUGGAAAAAGAUUAUGUUGUUCUCUCAAGCACUGGGAAGCUAUACCAUGGACAUGGUGGAGGCUCUCUUGAGAAUGUGUCGGAUGAUGUCGAUGCCGUUGAAUGGAGGGCAUGUGGCAAAUUUCUUGCUGUGGCAAGAAAGAAUGUCUUGAGCAUCAUGUCAUCAAAUUUCAAGGAAGUGCUCAGAUUUUGUUUGUCACCUUCGUCUGUAAAAGUCGACACUAUCAGAUGGGUUCGUGCAGAUAGAAUAGUUGUUGGGAGUUUUGUGUUAGAUGAUGAUUCCGAGGAAGCAAAUUACCUAGUCCAAGUAAUCACGGCCGAGGGCGAGGAUAUUACAGAUACUUCUUCGAAGCCGGCUGUGGUAUCGUUCCACGACAUGUUUUUAGACUAUCGGUUCGAUGUUGUGCCUGGUGCAGCUGGACCUAAUAUGUUCCUCUGUUAUUUAAAGAAUCAUGAACUUGCGUUUGUAGCUAAUCGGAGAAAUUUUUCUCAGCAUGUCGUAUUACUUGGUUGGUUGUCAGAAGAUCAGAAUAGGGGAGUGGCAGUGAUAGAGGUUUCCAAUGAUGCUUGGUGUGCACACAUUGAAUCUCAAGGGAAUGGUGAUGAUAAUUUUUUAUUAGCCCUCUCUGUUGACAAGGUUUCUCAAAAUGAAGGAAUUAAAUUCGUUCUUGGGGAGAAAGAGGCAGAAGUUACACCUUGUUGCAUUGUUCUGUGUGUUACCGUUGAUGGGAAACUUUCUCUUUUCCACUUUGCCAGUGCUGCUAGUGCUGCUAGUUCGAGGCUGGAUUUGGCUGAUGCUGAUACUCAAGUUGAUAAACAUUUAAAUGUCCUUUCAGAACAAAGUCGGUCCGGGAUUUUUCGAGAAGUUAUUGAGCCACGGGCAGUCUCUCUCACCUCAGAAGAUGGUAAAUCAAGUGGGAAUGAUAACGAUAAGCCAGAGGAACAAGGUGUUUCGACCAACCAAGCCCAAAAGUCUUCUGUAAGUUCUCAGAUGCUAAAAAGUGAUAAUGAGGGCAUGUUUUCUUUUACAAACCUUGAGGAAAAUAGAGGCACCCAGGAGUCUGAAGUUGCUGAAAAGCUGAGUUUGAAAUCAGAAUAUUCACCUUUCCAUACUUCUCACCCCGAGGUUCCAGGAACGGAAGCAAGGAAUGUGGGCAAAACCAUAAUGAGUGCACCUUUUGAAGCAAAACUUCAUGCAGAUUCCUUAUCGGAAAUGGUUUUGAAUGAUGCCAGUCGAUCAGUAAGCAAAAGCAUGCAAACAUCUAGUGUUUUUGGAUUUGGUGGGGGGAUUUCAGUAUCUGAUUCAUCUGUUAGAAGAUUUUUGUUGCCAGGAGAUUCUGAUGGUAAAUCAGCAUCGCCUGCUUAUAUUGUACCUUCUUUACAGUCAGAGAAAAGUAAACUGCAACCUGCAGGUGCUAUAUCUCUCUCUCCUAAAGAUAUGAAGGAGACUUCAAACCAAUCUUUUCGAAUGAUUUCCCAAGGGGAAAGAGCUGCCACAAUGGCUGAGAGUAGAAGCACAUCUCCUUCUACUUUUGAUUUACAAGUUCCGUCGCGGGAGAAGUUUGUGUCUGGAAAAUCCUCCAUGCCUCGACUCGGUGUAGAAAACUUUAGAACUUCUUCUCACUUGCUACAGUCCAAUCAUGAGCAAAAGCAAUCAUCUCAGUUCUCCAAUGUUGAAAUGCUGGUCAAGCAAAUGGAUGAAAUUUUGGAACACAUAGGAGGAGAUGGUGGUUUUAAGGAUGCUUCUAUAACUUUCCAGGAAGGUUCAGUUUCAGCACUGGAGGAGGGCAUAAGGUUGUUGUCUGAUAGAUGCAGAACAUGGAGGGGAAAACUGGAAGCGCAAUCAAGGGACAUCGAGCAUCUCCUUGACAAAACUGUGCAAGUGUUGGCGAGGAAAGUAUAUAUGGAAGGCAUUUUCCAGCAAGCAACUGAUAACUGGUAUUCAGAUCUUUGGAAUAGUCAUAAGCUGAAUUUGGAACUAGAGUUGAAGAGGCAGCAUAUACUAGAAAUUGAUCACGAAUUAGCUUCCCAAUUGGUUCAACUGGAAAGACAUUUUAAUACCAUUGAGUUAAAUAAGUUUGGAGAAAGUGGAGCACUACAAGAAAAUCAGAAGAUCGUGGAAAGUGGAUUUGGGAAACCAAGGGAACUGAGGACCUUACAAGAUACAAUGUUAGCUCAAUUAGCUGCAGCAGAGAAAUUAUCUGAACGUCUUAAAAAGCAGAUGGCAGCUUUGAGCAUAGAAUGUCGAGAUUCAAAGCAGAACAUCAAGAGGGAGGUGUUUGAAACACUUGGGUUAGCAUAUGACGGUGCUUCUUACAACAUUCUAUGUAAAGAAAAGGCACCAGACACCCCAAGGAAGGAUUUACUGGCAAAAUUUUCUUCUGUUACUGCUAAAGACCAUUGCUGGAAAAAUUUAUCCACAACCACGAAGAAUUCUGAACCAAAAACUGUAAGACGACGCCGGGAUUCUUUGGGCCAGAUGAAAUCUAGCGUUAUACCUCUUAAAACAACUGUGAAAAGGGCACUUUUGCUAGAAGACCAUGGAUCCCUCGAAAGCAGAUUUCCUACUGAAGUGAAGGAGCUACGCCCUGAACUUCAGCUGGGAGAGGAAAUAGUACACCCUGUUCAUUCUGGACCCAAUGAUGUAUAUGUGAGAUCUCUUUUCCAAUACGAAGGCAAAGCCAGUGGUAGAACGGCUUUAAAGAAAUUUGCUCAACAUCCCUCAAUGUUAUCUCCGUGGACUAGUGGACCAGCAGAUCCUGGUAUUGAAGUUGUCCCCGCGAGAAGUUCUCCUGCAUUUGUGGAACCUCCCCCUGACACAGCUUCUGCUAGGCAAAAUGUUGCAUGGGAGAAUCAUACUUUGUCUGGGAAGUAUACAAGUAACCUUGCAUUUGGUCAAACUUCUGGAAAUGAUUCUAGACAUGUUCAGCAAUUUCCAAAGUUCCCCUCUGAUGGCCCAUUGGUUGCUGAGAGGAAUUCGGCUGUUUCUCCAGUACCAUUCAAGAACUCCAUUGAGAAUCCGAUUUUUAGAAAUGAAGAGCGCGGGACUUCUGGAGCUACUAAUAGAAAAGUAGAGCCAACAACAAUCAGAAGUGAGAGAUCUUUGGCUGUUUCUCCCCCAAUAUCCUUAGGCAAGGUCUUAGAUACGGAAACCAGUGCUAACCAUCUAGGUGAAAAAAUUUCAAGUGCUACUAACCGAGUUGUACAGUCAACUGCCUCAACUUCCUUUCCAGAGCCAAGUGGUGAAAUCAAAUCGCAUUCGACAUCAUCGGGGCACUCACUGUCAAUUUCUCCUGCCAUACUAGAUGAAAAGUCAUUGCAAUCUCAUUCAUUAUUUUCGUCCGUUUCAAUCAAUAGCUUUUCAUCUGGUACUCCCUCUUCGGGGGACAAGGGAGCUGAGUCCCAAGAAUCAGGAUCUCAACCUCUUCUGGGGGUGUUUACCUCAAACAAGGAUGAAAGAUUGGUAUUGCAGACAACUAAAACUACAUUGUUGGGAGGUGAAACUGCAAAAGCAGGCGAAGCCUCUGUUUUGCAGCCUGAGCUUUCCACUGGUAGCUCCCGUUUCAUUAUUGCAUCUGAAGCUUCAACAGCUUCACCAGCAACUAAAUUUCCUGGUUCUCUAAAUUCUGAGAGUCAGCUCAACAUUGAGAGUGCUUCAAGUCCUCCUGUCUCAGAAAUGGCACCCAAUAGCAUGAUUGGACGAGCAUUGCCUUCUAAAGAUGAUUUAUCAGCUUCUCCAGCUGCUAUAUUCACGGGGGUAUCACUCGAUGGAAAAGAUGCCACUUCUGUGAACAAUGAGGAUGAGAUGGAAGAGGAAGCUCCAGAAAGCAAUCUGACUACCGAACUUUCACUUGGAGAUCUUGGGGGGCUUGGAUUUGGAUCAAGCUCUACUUUAACUGUUACCAAACCAAAUCCUUUUGGUGUUGAAACUGUUGGACCCGUUAGCUCCCAAUUUCAAAUGCCUAGUCCCCAGGGGGGGAUGUUCCGACCAGCAUCCUUCAACUUUCAGUCUCCAUUACCUUUGCAGCCAUCAGUUGCAUCAACCUCUACUCUCUUCUCAAGUGGUUUUAGCAGUGGGGGUGGUAAUUUAGGUCAUUCCUCAGGUGGGUUUGGCCAGCCUGCCCAAUUUGGGCAACAAUCUCUUGGCUCGGUUCUUGGUGCCUUUGGACAGUCUAGGCAGCUUGGCGCUAGCCCACCUGGAAACAGUAGCGCACCGUCUAGUGGGUUUGGUGGCAGUUUUACUGGGUCGCCAAGUGCUGGUUUUGGUUUUGCUGCUGCUACCACACCUGGUGGUGGGUUUGCUGCUGCUGCAACCUCUGGAGGUGGGUUUGCUGCAGCCGCCGCAUCUGGAGGUGGGUUUGCCAAUGUAGCCAAUCCUGGUGGUGGUGGUGGUGGUUUUGCGGGUGCUGCAACAGCUGGAGGUGGAUUUGCUGCAGCCGCCACAGCAGGUGGAGGGUUUGGAGCUUUCAGUAACCAGUUUGGUGGAAAUUUCUCUGCAUUUGGUAGUAGUUCUGGAGCUGGAAGGCCUCCGUCUGAUCUCUUUACGCAGAUGAGAAAGUAGUAGGUGUGUAAUUUUGUGAAAGGAACAUUUAUGUUAACAAUUUUGCGUCGACUGUCUUUGUUAUAGUUUACACUUGAAGGCUUACUACACGCACAAUGUGCUAGCAAACUUUGCUAGUUUAUCAACACGCACAACAUGCCUAGUCUGGACUCAUUCUCGAGCAGCCUGUUGAUAGAAUUGGUGGUUUAAGUAGUAAGUUGUGAUUAGGAAGCUAUAGGCCCAAUCGUAUUUUCUAGUAUGUUCUCACUAGUUUCAUGCCUAACAGUAGUUCUCUAAAUAGCCAAUCAAUCAGCAGAUUUUUGAGUGGUGCCAGAUACUAUGUGACGUUGAAAUGUAAAUUAAACUUUAUAAUUGGUUGUUACAUUUUUUUUUUUUUUUUUUUGGUCCUUACAUUUGGACCUAAGUACAUUUUAGAUUGAGACGCAUCGAUUUAGUGAUCUUGGUAUGUAGCAUAUUGUUUUUACCUUUUUUCUGAUGAAUACUCCAUAUUAUAUUGACUGGCUU